AUGAAAUCUCGGCGCCAGUUGCCGGACAGAUCCAGCUGGGUCCUUGCCUUGGUAAUGGCCGGCCUGGUCUUCGCCGGGGUCCUGAUCGGAAGCUUCAUCCGCGCCGCCGACAACUCCUUCAUAUGCUCCCUCGCAAGCAAGAAGUUCCGCGCCGCAGCAGAGUACGCCUCCACGCCGGCCCAGCUCCAGGCAAUCGUCCACUACGCCACCUCCCGGACCACGCCGCAGCAGAACAUCUACGAGAUCUCUGAGACCCUCGGCGUCUUCCGCGGCCGCAAUUUCGCCCCUGCCAAUUUCCUCGUCUUCGGCCUCGGAUUCGAUUCCCUGAUGUGGAGCGCACUCAACCCUCAGGGGAAGACCAUCUUCCUCGAAGAAGAUCCCUCAUGGGUGAAAUCCGUGCUCAAGGACGCGCCCUUGCUCGACGCCCGCACCGUCCAGUACCGCACCCAGCUCAAGGAAGCCGACGACCUCCUCAAUUCGUACAAGAAGGAGCCGAUGUGCUCCCCGGCCAAGGCCUAUCUCGACGGGAACUAUGCCUGCCCGCUGGCCCUGACCGGACUGCCCGAAGAGGUGUAUGCGACAGAGUGGGACCUGAUCAUGAUCGACGCGCCGCGCGGGUAUUUCCCCGAGGCGCCCGGGAGGAUGGCAGCGAUCUUCUCCGCGGCGGUGAUGGCGAGGGCGAGGAAAGGUUCCGGCGUGACGCACGUGCUUUUGCACGAUGUGGAUCGGAAGGUGGAGAAGACGUUUGCGGAGGAGUUCCUGUGCCAGAAGUACCUGGUGAAAGGUGUCGGGCGGCUGUGGCAUUUUGAAAUUCCGCCGGCGGCGAAUGUGACUGAACAGGACGAAAACUCUUGGUUUUGUUAG